UUGUUGACAGGAAGCGUGCGAGGCGAAAUCACUACAGCCGCUCUGUGCUCGUUGUUGAGCCCGGCUGACACACGGAGGAGUCCCCAGUCGUUCGUCCCCUCGUCGGUGUGCGGACUUAAACUAUGCUUUGUAAGAUCGAACCGGGGCAAAGAUGCAAUGGAGGUCAAUAGUAGUCGGCCUGGUCGUACUGAGACUCUCGCUCAGCUGUGUGCUGUGGCUAGCCUUCGGACUGGGACCUAGCGUGAGCUGGGGAUUCAACUUCCAACUCGGUUUCAAUUUGCACAAACUAGACCUGCUGUUCGGGGAAGAGAAGGGCAGCGACUCGAGGGGCAACUCGUGGUCCCAGCGGAUCCACGGCCACAGGUAUGAGGAGACGGCGACCAGCUGUGCGAAGCCCGAAGAGGACUCCCCCCAGAAGAGGUCCUACCUGAGCUUGUUCGACGGCGACCAGGACGAGUACGUCCGGAGGUACAGCUCGUUCCCCGACACGCUCAGAGCCAAAAUGAAGGACAUGGCCAAAGACAUGUUCUACUUCGGAUAUGACAAUUACAUGAAGUACGCGUUUCCCGAGGACGAGCUGAAUCCCAUUGACUGUGAGGGGAGGGGACCCGACGUGCUGAACCCGUCAAACAUCAACAUAAACGAUGUCUUGGGGAACUACUCCCUGACAUUGAUCGACACCUUAGACACUCUUCUGGUGCUUGGCAACGUGACCGAGUUCCACAGAGCCGUCAAGCUGGUUAUAGAUACUGUAUCUUUCGACAAGGACUCGACAGUGCAAGUUUUCGAGGCGAACAUCAGGAUCUUGGGAAGCCUCAUCUCGGCUCACAUCUUGCUGACUGACCCAAAACAUCCAUUUGGCAAGGUGGGCUUUGAAGGUUACGAUGAUGAGCUGCUUCACUUGGCUCAUGACUUGGCUGUCCGCUUACUGCCGGCCUUUGAGAACACCAGCACAGGCAUCCCAUACCCCAGGGUGAACCUGAAGACGGGCGUCCCUCCUGAUAGCAUCAAUGAGACUUGCACUGCAGGAGCAGGCUCCCUUCUCGUGGAGUUUGGGAUUUUAAGCCGCUUGAUUGGCGAUUCCACAUUUGAGUGGGUAGCCAGGCGAGCUGUCAAAGCUCUGUGGAACCUGAGGAGCAAUGAAACCGGUCUGUUAGGGAACGUAGUUAAUAUCCAGACAGGCCAGUGGGUUGGCAAGCAGAGUGGUCUUGGAGCUGGUAUGGACUCAUUCUACGAGUAUUUGCUAAAAUCCUACAUCCUGUUUGGUGAAAACGAGGACUACAGGAUGUUUCAAGCUUCUUACGAGAGCAUACAGAACCACCUGAGGAGAGGGAGAGAGUCCUGUAAUGAAGGCGAGGGUGACCCGCCUCUUUAUGUCAAUGUGAACAUGUUCAGUGGUGAAAUCAUGAACACCUGGAUCGACUCCCUUCAGGCCUUCUUUCCUGGGCUGCAGGUGCUGAAUGGUGAUGUAGAUAACGCCAUUUGCCUGCACGCUUUCUACUAUGCCAUCUGGAAGCGCUUCGGGGCGUUGCCGGAGAGAUACAACUGGCAGCUGCAGGCCCCUGAUGUGCUCUUCUACCCCUUAAGACCAGAGCUGGUAGAGUCGACCUAUUUGCUGUACCAGGCAACCAAAAAUCCUUUCUAUUUGCAUGUUGGAAUGGAUAUUCUCCAGAGCCUUGAGAAAAAUGCCAAAGUCAGAUGUGGGUACGCCACUCUCCACCAUGUCGUGGACAAAUCCAAAGAAGAUCGCAUGGAGAGCUUCUUCCUCAGUGAGACCUGCAAAUACCUUUAUCUGCUGUUUGAUGAGGACAACCCACUUCACAAAUCCGAUAACAGAUACAUCUUCACCACAGAGGGCCACGUUGUGCCUAUAGACAAGCGUUUCAGGGAGAAACAGUGGAAUAACUUGUUUCCGUGCGAGGAGGGGGCGCUGGCAGAAAGGGGGCCCAACAGCCGGCCGCUUCCCAGCAACAGCAGCAUCUGUAACAGGAUCCCAGAGGAGCGACGAUACACUCUGCCAUUGAAGAGCAUUUACAUGAGGCAGAUCGAUCAUAUGGUGGGACUUUUCUAACUACGAGUAUGUGGCGACAGUGGCGUGAACUGGCAUUCAGUGCGCCUCCUGAGGCGCAGACGCAGUGAAGUUACAAGAGAUCCGCUGUUUGUCAAAAUCCCCGUCCCCUCUGCUCCACUUCUCGGGGAUCCGGACAGAAAACUGACACACUAAAGGAAACCCAGGGAAAGCAGUUUGAUCACUUGCUGUAUCGAUUGAAGGUGUGUGUCGGGAUGCUUUUGCUCUCGGGUGUGUGAGCAUGUUGUGAACAAAUGCAAACAACUUUGUUGUCAGAAAAUGAGGAAUCAUGCUUCCCUGCUUUUUGGCUGGUGAUGGAUUGAGAUUGUGGUUUUAGAAAAAACUGUUUCUGUGGAACAAAAAAAGUCUGUUAAGGUGUGUGUGUCUGUGUUGAAAUGACAGCUAAGCUGUGAAUAAUGAUAAUAACGUGUUAAUGGGAACAGUGGCAUCUAGCCACACGUAAAAUUUAUAGCCUAUAAAAACUCACCUCAAAUUUUUUUUUUCUAAACGUGAUUAGUGCCUCUAUGCAUUUGACACUUGACUACAUCUGUGAUUUUAUACAAGGGCUGCACACUAACAGAUAAUAACAGGUGACAACUCAUGCAGACACUAUAAAACCUUGCGUCCUGUGAGGUUGUAACACAUUUUAAGAUCGUGCCUGUAAGAACUUUGCCGUUUUUUCCAAAAUGUUAAGAUGGCUCCUGUCUCUCUCACGCUAGAACAAACACUUUCAGAAAGACUUCUGUCUUCCUUUUGUUUUGCACAGACAACACAAACCCAAACUGCUUCCUUCCUUUUGGCUGUUAACACAUUUAUGAACAUACUGAUGAAAACUGAAGUGUUCAUCUCUCAGGCUUUUAGUUCCUCAAUGUCUUACAAAGGGCAAACAGAUGUGCCAUGACUUUGUAUGUAAGUGUGUGAGUGUGUGUGUGUAUGUGUGUGUGAGAGAGAGGUUCAGGAUGAAUCUUGUUGUUUUAAAGUGCCUUCACAUUGUCUUGGUCUGUCUGGAUGAUGUACAGUGCAUAUUGGUUGUGGUUGACAUUGUGGAGUUGUUGUUUUUUUGAAGCCACUGUUGAUAUUGCACAAUUGAUGUCAUUCCAUGUGUAUGUACAGUUUUACACUGAUUGUGACAGAAAGCUCCUUUUUUAAAAGACAUGAUGGAACAAGCCAUAAAACUUUUUUUUUUUUUUAAAUAUUAGUAGGCGAUACAUUUUGUUUUCACUCAUUUUUCUGUCAGACAUAUUUAGUACAUAGACUCUCCUGCAGAGUCUCUGAUGUAUUAUUAUUUUUAUGAUUUCUUUUAGAGAAGCUGGAAGUUAUUAAUUGCUGUUUCUCUUUUCACAUAAUUGCACAUCAUAUCUAUUAAUUAUCAUGUGGUGAGAACUCAGGGUUUAAUUAAAGGAAAAACAAAAAGCAAUGAAUGCUUUGAUUUAAGAAAUAAAAAAAACUUUCUUGAAAUGUUUUUGCCUAAAAUGUCUUAUGAUCGCCUUAGUUAUUUAUAUUGCAAAUGUUACAACUUUUUGAUCUGAGGUUGAAAAAUGGCUGUGCAGUCGUUCUGUGAACAUCCAUUCAUGUCAUUCAACAAACAGAAAAGUAUACGCUGUCUCCUAAAGACAUCACUUCACUUACAUCGCUUCACUGGCAUCGUCUUUUUAUCAAGUGUUUGUCAACCUAAACUACUUCAGGCGACAGCAAAGACAUGUCUGAGGUUUCAGAAUGGUUGACAUCGCACCACCCUCUUAGUCUUGGGGUGGCGUUUUGGGGGAAAUGCGCUUUUUUACCUUCCUUUUUGAGAGUCGGGUGAGAAGGUCGGUUACACCGGCCUGGGCCUAUGAUUCGGAAAAGCAAUUUAUGGGAGCUGCAUGCAGAUUGCAAAUGUGAGCUGCAUGCAGAUUGCAAAUAAUGGCAACAUUAUUUUCGACAAAUGUUUGUUGCUCAGACAUUGCAGAUGAAAGUCUUGCAGGUGUGACGUUAGCUUCGAUUAGUAAAACACAUCAAAACUUGCUAAAUUUUCUGUGGGUAUAGAACAGAGCAAAGUACAUAUAACAUCUGUUACUUUGUGCUAGUUGACGCAUUGCUGUCAACCGCUGUUCCCAGUGUAUAUGCUAAACCAAGCUAACUGUGUAGCUUCACAUUGACUGUACAGACAUGAAAGUAACAUUGAUCUUGUUUAAAACUAUGUAUUUCAGAAAAGGUCAAACUAUUAAUUGAAUCUGUGAAAAAAAAAUUGUGAAAUGAAUAAAUGACAGAUCAUGAACACUGAA